UUUGUUAUGGAUUACUUACUUCACAUGUUCUUGGUUAAUUGCGGAUUUAGCUAACUUGUUUGCAUUCGCACUCUAUGGUGAAAUGUCGUUCGUAUGAGAGCGGCUAAAUUCCAUAGGACAGACCUUGGACCAGCCCACUUUCUAAUACCACUUGUCCUUCUUCGCAACUAAAACAUCCAUGUUUUGCAGGUAAUGUUACUACUGCCAAAAGGACUCGUGUCUCCGUCAACCUAAUCUGGACUGCAGUCAGGUUAUGCCAUGGAUGCAGGUUAUUGUCCUGUCGAUGGGAAAGAGGAACGACCAGGCGCAAGCGGGUACACUCCUUCUCCAGGACAGAGUGUACACGAUCCGCCGUCGAAACAUGAGCUUUCUCGGAAGGCUCCAGGCGUCCAAACGAGGACGGGGGUUCGACGUGAGGUUGCUUUUGGGCCAAAACGUGGACCUCACGAACCAGUGCAACCAGGUCCCCUUACAACUCACGUUGUACGUGAGUUUACCGAGAUCCUCCAGGAGCGGGAGAAUCUGAGGAAGGAUCGAGGUGUUUACCUGCAGAAGAUGCAGUACCUGGCCAAGGAGCAGCUGUACUUCCAGCAGGAGCUGAAAGAGUAUCAUCUUGGCGUCACGUUGGACCCUGAUGACCCCCAGCGGCGUGCGAUGACUGAGUUUUUGCAGCACAUUAAUACCCACCUCCUGUCAUUGCGGAAGGCUGACGAAUCCACCAAGUACCACCUCCUCAGGCUGCAGCAGGAGGCCGUACUCCUGGGCCUUCCUCCUCCAGCCCACCCCUGGUCCUCAGACGCAGAUAUUCUGCUGCCAGACGAGGAGGACGAGAGCCAACAGCAGCCAAGCCCACCGGAGCCCCCCCACCAUGACACCCCCAGACCACAGCCCCUGACGGCCACAGUAAGGCCUUUACCAUCGAGCCACGUAGGAAUUGUCAAAUCUGCAAAGAAGAUGAUUGAGCUGACUAAAGAGCCCAUGAUCUCCCAGCCAGCUGAAGGAGCCUCCAGCACUCCCAGCUCUAAUGCAGACACGCACUCUGUCAGCGCGGGGGACAAGUGUAUGGCAGCGUGGAGCCAGGAUGGACGAAAGGAGAGGAUUGAGGAGCAGGGAGAGUAUAAGAAGGAGCAGAUGCAGCAAGAGCACCUCAACAGCAAAUUCAGCUGCACAAGCCUGACGGUCCAGGUUGAUGGGGAAAAGAAGACCAUCCUCUUGCCGGAGUUUCCACACCGCACAGCGACCCUCGGAUUAAGCAACAACAAAAAUAAAGAGGAGGGGAAUGAAAUUAGGAAGGUCUACGCCAGGAAUAAGUGGAGACCGAUAGGUGGUGCAGAGCCAUCUCCUCAAGCGGCAAACACCACUGAGGUUGUAAGUGCUAAACACAGUGAGGGAACUGUGCUGAGAGUCCCUCCAAAGGAGAACACACCCGUCAGUAAUCUGGCAGUUCAUGACAACAAGGACUUUCAUCUUGGCAGUUUGAAGACUUUUGUAAGGGGAGUGGAGAAGAAGCUGAGCUUCAGUGCAGACGAUGUGCUAACGAAGGCCACCAUGCUGGUUGGGGAUAAAGUUCAGUUUAAAAUAUCCACCAACCUCAAGACCAAGGAAGAGAGGGCCGUCAACGUGGAGAUCCUGGCCGACACCUUCCAGUGCACGGACACAGAGGAGCUGCGAAGAACAGGUGUGGUUCUUGGCUUGAGCCACUCAUUUGGAUACAUCAAGUGCUCUAAGGGCCCAGAGCUGGUCUUUGACCUCUGCGAGGUCAUGGAGGAUGAGAUGCUCUCCAUCUCCGAGAAAGUGGAGUUUACCAUAGUGCUGAACACGGCGGCUGGAACAGGCUACCAAGCCAUCAGGAUCCGGAGAUCGAAAGGGUUCACCCCUGUGCCAACAUUAGAUGGCCCCACUACAAGACAGGCACAGAAAGGGUUCACCCCUGUGCCAACAUUAGAGGGCUCCACUACAACACAGACACAGAAAGGGUUCACCCCUGUGCCAACAUUAGAUGGCCCCACUACAAGACAGGCACAGAGAGUGUUCACCCCUGUGCCAACAUUAGAAGGCCCCACUACAACACAGGCACAGAGAGUGUUCACCCCUGUGCCAACAUUAGAAGGCCCCACUACAACACAGGCACAGAAAAUGUUUACCUUCAUACCAACACUGGACAGCUCCACUAUAACACAGACAGAGAAGAUGUGGAUGGCCUUACCAAAUUACACUUUGUCUGGUGGCCAAAGUUAUCUAAAUCAACUCACAAAUCAGUACACCAGCUCAAAUGACUACAGUUGGAAUGGAAUUGUUCGCAAACAAGUGAUUCAGAAUGAUGCAAGAACUCAUUCUGAUUACCCCAUUAAAGUCGAGCCUCAUGCAUAUCUGACUUUGCAACAUCUACUUGGCCCCGUCAGUUGCAACAGGAGCCGAAGCCACAGCAGAAACAGGAGCCGGAGCAGGGACAGGAGCCGGAGCAGGGACAGGGGAGUUGAUUGGUACUGGAGACACAGUCGGAGUUACAGUCGGAGUCGCAGCAGCAGCAGCAGCAGAAGUAGAAGCUGGGACAGAGGUGGCAGGACUGGUCGAUAUCAGAAUCACCGUAGCUCAAGCAGAGAAUGGAGACGAAGAGGGAGGAGCAGGGAGAGGGGCAGUAGAGAUAGGUGGAGUCGCAGCAGAAGCAGAGAACUUUCCCACAGGAACAGACAUAGCAGUAGCAGGGAGAAGAGCAGAGAACUUUCCCCCAGGAACAGACGUAGCAGUAGCAGGAAGAGGAGCAAAGAACAUUCCCACAGGAACAAACGUAGCAGUAGCAAGAAGAGGAGCAGAGAAGUUUCCCACAGAAACAGACGUAGCAGUAGCAGGAAGAGGAGCAAAGAACAUUUCCACAGGAACAGACGUAGCAGUAGCAGGGAGGGGAGUAGAGAACUUUCCCCCAGGAACAGACGUAGCAGUAGCAGGGAGGGGAGUAAAGAACUUUCCCCCAGGAAGAGACAUAGCAGUAGCAGGAAGAGGAGCAAAGAACAUUCCCACAGGAACAGACGUAGCAGUAGCAGGGAGGGGAGUAGAGAACUUUCCCCCAGGAACAGACGUGGCAGUACCAGGGAGAGGAGCAGAGGACUUUCCCCCAGGAACAGACGUAGCAGUAGCAGGAAGAGGAGCAGAGAUGGGAACAGGGACGGGGGCAGAGACCAGAAUAGCAAUCAGGGCAGGAACCGAAGCCCUGAGUGUAAAGAUGAGAAACGCAAGAGACAAAGCAGCAGUGUUGAGGGUUCCUCUAGGAAACACAAGCGGACCAGGAGACCCAAGAUAGAGACUGUGACCGCAAAGAUUCCUAAGGACCUGUCCAGUUCUAAGGCCUCUGUUACUACCACUUACAGAUCACCUAAAUCUGAUGCAGAUGAGGGUGAGGAUUUGGUCAGGAAGGAAAUGGAGCUGGAAGAGUUGGAAGCUCUGAUUGCUAAAAAAUUGGCAGAAAAUGAUGCCUUGGAGCUACAGAUGACAUCCACUGUCUUUGAUCCUAUAAACAAAACUGACUUGAGUCCUGAGCCAUCACUUGCAGAUAAGGAGACCACUGUAGUACCUGAGAAUUCACUUGCAGAUAGGGAGACUACUGUAGAAACUCAGAAUUCACUUGAGAACACUGUAGUACUUGAGCCAUCACUUACAGAUAAGGAGGUCUCUGUGCUACCUAGUCAAACCCCUCUUUCCCCUCAACAUCACAGAACUACACCCCCACUCAGAGAAGCAGACAGAGAUGAACUGUAUGACCCCUUCCAGGUGGACGAGGAGGAGGAAGGAGAAAUCAUAGAGGGACCAAGAGCUGACUGGCGAGGUGAUGAUGGAGCUCUGAGAAACGGAAGGGAUAUUUCAUGUGGCGGUGAUAUGGAGCCAGGGCUGCGCGUGGAGGAGCUGGCGCCCAGACAGGCUGAGGUGGACAAGGGGGAGUCCUGUGGACAUGGAGACGAGGCUGAUGACUGUUACGAGCACCACAUGGAACAGGACAAGAGCCUAGUUCCAUAUGAUCAGAAGAGAGAAAACCAAACACCUAUCCUGGCCCAACACCAACAGGACCAGAGCCUAGUGGCACAUAAUCAGAAGAGAAAAGUCCAAACACCAAGCCUGAACCAACAUGAACAGGAGAUAACUGAUACCUAUAGACAGGUUAACAGUAAGACCCACCCCAAGUCCACUGGCAUAACCCUGAACACAUGCAAUGCAAACCAGCUGUCCGUCACAAAUCCAACGACAGCAAAGCCAAUGCCCUCACAACCCGAGCAUUCAUCAGGUCAACAGCACAGUCAGGGCUCUUCCUCAGACACAGUCACAGAUGUGGCCAACCAUCCACAGCCUCCACACGGCCAGGUUACUCGUGACAUUGUGAAAACGGUCUGGAUUUGUGGUGAUGGCCUUGUAGCUGUGGCUUCACAAUUGGCCCAGUCACCACUGCAUGGCAUUAGGCUGGGUCAGAGUGGCACUGGAGUACGCGUCUACUGGAAAGGACUGCAGGGCAUGUUAUGGGACCAGCUUGUGCCCCUGCUACGCUACCUUAAGAUGGGAUGGCCCAGUCCAGACAUGCUUAUCAUUCACCUGGGACACAGUGAUAUUGAUAGAAGAGACAUGGAAGACUUGCUGAGCACCAUUAGGAAGGACCUGACCUCCAUACACAACAUCUUUCCCCAGUGCCUGAUUGUGUGGUCAGACAUGCUGCCAAGAUAUGGGAUGUACAGUAACAAAGGCAUUAUUGACUUGAUCAAUGUCAAGGUUCAUGCCUUUGUUGCAGAGUUGGGUGGCACAGCAAUCACCCAUCAGAUCGGACCUCUGUUAUAUGGCCCUGACGGAAUGUUCCUCUCGCAGAUUGGCAUUCAUAAGUUCAACCUGGACAUUAAAGUCUCUGUGGAUCAGUGGGAGCAGGAGGUCAACCAGACGUCAGGUAAUGUUACCAUACCAACUGAAAAAGUAAAAACGAUCUGGAUUUGUGGUGACAGUCUUGUAGCUUUGGGCAAAAGACAGUUAGUCUCACCACAGUGGGGCAUGGAUAUGGGCAGCCCAAGGAUGAGGGUGUAUUGGAGCGGAACGGAGGGCAUGAAAUGGAAGCAGCUCGUACCCCAUCUGGUCAAUCUUGAAAAGAAGUGGCCACUCCCAGACAUGCUCCUUAUUCACCUCGGGGGCGACAGCAUCCGCAUCCCCGUCAGACCCCACAACCAGCAGAUCAUCAUCAAGAAAAACCUGACCGCUGUACACAAGAUGUUCCCUCAGAGCCUGAUGGUGUGGUCUGACAUCAUCAGAAGGGUCCCCAGGAAGCUACAUGUGUCUGCUGGUGAGGAGGUGGAGGACUCGCCUGUCGUCCGGCCUCAUGAUGUCAUUAAUCGCCUGGCGCAUGCUGUAGUGACUGAACUGGGAGGACAAGUUCUCACCCAUGAGAACAUGGAACCUGGAUUAUUUCGCCGCAAGGGCCAGCUGCUCUCAGACCAAGGCGUUCAAAAGUUCAACCUGAACAUCAGGAGGUUUCUGGAUCAGUGGGAGAGGGAGGUCAAUGCUGCAUCAGAACACUCUGCACCCACCCCAACGUUCCAGAGCCCCGCUAACAUUCCUGCUGUAUCAGAACUCACCGCACCUACCCCAACGUUCCAGAACCCCGCUAACAUUCCGGCAGAUGAUGACAUUGACGUGACUCCAGAAGACUCUGGAAACACCGUCAUUUCCUUCCAACAGUCCCAGAAGCAGCAGAUCAGAGAGAGCAAUGAGAGUCCUGUGGAGACGACCCAGACACAUGGGAGCAGUGAGCCCAUCACAGGCAUGGUGACCAGCGACAGUGUUAAGAGAGUCUGGAUUUGUGGUGAUGGUCUUGUAGCUUUGGCCUCUCGCACGGGAGAUCCAAUAGCCCAGCUGAGCAAAAAUGGCACUAGAGUUAACACAUAUUGGAAGGGAUACAUACCAAGCUGGUACAAGCUUGUACCCAAGCUGAAACAGGUCAAAUUGUCAUUGCCCAAUCCAGAUAUGCUCAUCAUCCACCUGCAAAUAAGGGAAAUGAACCCAAAAAGCACAGAGGAACUGUUGAUCACCAUCAAGAGGAGUCUGACCGCCAUACGCGACAUCUUCCCCCAGUGCCUGAUUGUGUGGUCUGACUUCCUGCAAGAACCCCCCAAGAAAAAAGGCAACGUGGGAAAUGUUGACAAUGCAGUGGACGGAUUUUAUGACGUGAUUAACCGCAGAGUGCGUGCCAUGAUGGCUGAACUAGGGGGAGCAGCUAUAAGCCAUGACAACAUUGGGCCUAAACAUUAUAAUCCUAAUCUCUGUCAUCGGAAUGGUCAACGUCUCGAAUGCGGUGGUGUGAAAAUAUUCAAAAACAACAUCAACGACUUCAUCUUUGAGUGGGAGUGGACGGUUAACCCCACUUCAGAACCCGUCUCAUGUUCCACGACCAAGCAGCAGCAGGUCAGAGAGAGCAAUGAGAGUCCUGUGGAGGUGAACCUGACACAUGGGAGCAGUGAGCCCAUCACAGCAGGCACAAGUUCAUCUAACGUUACACCUAAAGCGCAGCGUCACGUUUUUGAGAGGGGGUGGAAGGUUAAACCCACAUCAGAAUCCGUCUCAUGUUCCACGACCAAGCAGCGGGUCAAAGAGAGCAAUGAGAGUUCUGUGGAGGUGAACCAGACACAUGGGAGCAGUGAGCCCAUCACAGGCGGUGCUACCAGUAAACUUGUUAAAACCGUCUGGAUUUGUGGUGACAGUCUUGUGGCUACAGUCUCUAAAAAGACUCCGUUGCCUACGUAUAGCAGUAAACUGGGUCCGAAUAGCCCCAGGGUGCGGUUCUAUUGGAGUGGAGAGCAGGUCCAGAAAUGGAAGAUGCUGCUCCCUCAGCUAAGCACUCUUAAGCAGAACUGGCCCCCUCCAGAUGUGCUCAUCAUCCACAUGAAGGACGACUUCAUACACACACGAGACUUCGAGGACAUGCUGAGCAUCAUCAGGAGGGACCUGAUCUCCAUUUGCAACACCUUCCCCCAGUGCCUGAUCGUGUGGUCUGACAUCCUGCCGAGAUACUCCAAGAAGCAAGGCGCCAAGCCCGUGGAGAUGCUGAACACACAUCACGGUGUGAUCAACGACCGAGCCCAUGCCAUUGUUGCUAAACUGGGCGGGGCCUUUGUCAUGCAUAAGAACAUCGGGAGCGAUCACUAUCGGCGGAAGGGCAGUAGCCUCACAUGCAACGGAGUAAACGUGUUCAAAACCAACAUCCAAGAUUUUGUGAAUGAGUGGGCGAUGGAGGCCACACCUGCAUCAAAAAACCCACAUCCCUCCUAUAGUACAAAGAAGCAGCAGGUCAGAGAGAGCAAUGAGAGUUCUGUGGAGGUGAACCUGACACAUGGGAGCAGUGAGCCCAUCACAGUGCCUGCUACUGUAAAAUGUCCACCCAAAACGGUGUGGAUGUGUGGCGAUGCUCUGUCCGAUCUGGCCCGAUGGAUGACGACCGAGCCGCCGCACGGCGUUAAGACGAGUUCCAAUAGCACACAGGUGUUCCAGGUCACCACCUGGAGUGCACUCGUGGUCGAGAUGACCAGCGAAAAUAGACGCAAGUGGCGCCGUCCAGAUCUGCUGCUGGUCCACCUGGGAGUGAACAACAACGUGACUAACCCGACGCAUCUGCUGAACACCAUCAGAAAGGACCUGACCCGCCUGCACAGCGACUACCCCCAGUGCCUGAUCGUCUGGUCCAACAUGCUGCCCGUGAGCGUGCCCAAAGCGGGCGUGAGGCCUGUGGCAGCGGGCAGAAUCAAUAACGUGAUCAAUCGCGGUGCGCUCACUAUAGUAACUGAACUGGGGGGAAGGGUUCUCUCCCAUGAGAACAUUGGGCGUGAACUCUACGGCCCUGAUGGCAACUUCCUGUCAGACCAAGGCACUGAGAGGUUGAAGCUGAACUUCCGGCAGUUUCUGCAAGAGUGGGAGCAGGAGGGUCAUGAACAGAAACCUGCCUAGAGACCUGCUAAUCAAUCCCACGAUGGACUGUCACAUUCAAAUAAUUCUACAGAGAACACAUCGCCACCUCACUGAACUCCGCCCCCCACAUCCCCAUACAUCAUCCAUGACCACCCCUCAAACCACACCUCACACACACACAUCACACACACACACUGCUCAAACCCAAAACACACCACACAUCUCACACACACCCCAAACAUAUCAUACACACACAAACACACACUUCAGCCCUUAAAUACGACCCCACCACCCCACCUUCACUCACUACUCUACCCUAGUUCACCUGCUCACACCACGGAUGGUGUACUUCACCAAGUACACACACACACACACACACACACACACACACACACACACACACAC